AGCUAUACCUAACCUGCAAGCCUACGGUAUGGCCACCAGCACCAUUCCGAUGCCGACGACGAGCUCAGGCAGGAUGACCAAAACUGCCGUGUUUUCCCGGAGGAUCAGCCACUGCAAGGUGAAGGCCGUGGCUACAUCGCCAAGGGCUUUAUGCCCCAAGGGAAGCAUGACAGACUACUACAAGGUGCUGUCGCUGGAGCACUCGGCGGCCGUGGGCGCGGAGGAGAUCAAGCGCGCGUACCGGCGGCUGGCGCUGCGGUACCACCCCGACGUGUGCCCGCCGUCGCGUCGCGGCGAGUCCACGGAGCUCUUCCUCGAGCUGCGUCGCGCCUACGAGACGCUGUCCGACCCGGCGCAGAGGCUCCGGUACGACGCCGAGCUGAGGGCGGGCGGCGAGGACCCGGCCGCCGGUGUUGCGUUCGCGAGGGACGUGUGGGAGGCGCAGCUGUGUGCGCUGCGCGCGCGCUCCGAGCAGCGGCAGAGCGCGAGGAGCGGUGGCGUGCGCACUCGCAGGGCACGCGCAUGAAAGCACACGGAUAGGGGGUGUUAUCUGGUUAUUCAUUCUUUCACGUUUCGCCAGAAGGCGACUCGUGACAUCUGGUUUUACUACGUUUGAGUAGUAAUUCGUUCUUUUCGGGGAUCUUUGUCCUGUUUAA